AUGAUGAAAACACCACACUACAGGGCGCCAGCGGUUUUUCGGAUGACAUUGUUAGUAUGUACCCCAUCGUCCCUUCACAUGAGUGGAUACUUUCCUCUCGCCCUGAAACCACUUUCAAUCAGUUUUUCAUACGCGCACACACACCAAAACCAUACCUGCCGAAGACGUCGACGAGAGGCAGGGCCGCGUCGGUUUGGCAGCUGGUGCUGGGGCGGACCUGGCAUCUUGGAUAGCGGGACAGUCUCGCCACGGUGCGGAUCGUCAGUUUUGUUGAUCUUCCAGUUGUGUUUACAAAGUGGGGGUCGCACCCGCAGUUCGUCCACGAAAGACACAGCCCUAGUCGGAAAACUCGGAAACCGUGUCCGUUUCACCUUCGCUUCUUAG